AAGUUGAUCUAGUUUUCUUUUUCCAUAAUAUACACUUUUCAUGAACUUUUUUGACGACCUGUGUAGUGGGCUGUUUGCCACGAUCUGUGCUCCUUGAAAGUGGAGGACAAGAUCAAAAAGAGCUCAAUGUGUAUGGAGUCUCCGCUUGUCUCUCAAGUGUAAGGUUUCGUAUCUCAGACUCUCUGAUCCUUUGGUGUUUAUCCUGUGCCCCCGUUUUUUCAUGCAGAGCUUUUUAGAUGAGAGAGUUCCUUGCUGUGCCCAUUCGUCCUGGACAGAUACUGUUCAACCGAGUCUUCAAGAACAACUGAAGCAUUGUUGCCACAAACUGCAUAGCAACCCAGAAGAAAGAAGCCAUCUGACACCCCUGACCUUGAAGUCCACGAACUGGUGUACUCCUCUGUUGGAUGCCUUGUGUCUGGAUGGUGUUGCGACGGCCCGGAGAGAGGGAUUGCAAGCGUUUCUGUGUGUAGCCCACCCAACCCCUGCUUUAUGUAAAAGGCUCGAAUGUAAAGAAGUCCAAGAUGGUGCUUUGGGCGUGACGGGAUGGCUUAAGUGCCCACUCUCCACAAGUGGUCCAGCCCCAGGAACAGAUCUUUCAGGCCGUGUCAGGAUGAAUGAUGACAGAAGCAUGGGAGAGCAUGGUGCUGGACACUCGCCCCCUGAGAAUCCGCCACAGCCCAGGGAACAUCCCACACGACCAUCGCCCAGACAGAAUUCAUCUGCAGACAGUGCAGUGACUUCAAGUGACUCUGGAUCAGAAAUUGUGACUAUGGCUUCUGGGGAGCUUGACUGUAAAUCCAUCUGUGAGAAAGAAGAGAAUGUGAGGUCGGCGUGCACCAGCGUGGAGACGCCAGCCACCAGUCAAGCUCAAGAAAAUACUGCCUCGCAGGAUGUUCUAAGUACAGAAAAAUCCACAUUAAAUCUGGAAGCCAAAGAGGAACCCCAAACAAUAGAAGAGCAUAAAGAAUGUGCUACAGGAGAUGCUGCGGUUUCCCCUCUUCCUGGAGCCACUGUGAAAUCAGUUAAUUUCAGACAAAGCGACAAUACUUCUGCUACUGAGAAGGAAGUGGAGGCAGAAUUUCUCCGAGUCUCGCUGGGGUUCAAGUGUGACUGGUUCACCCUGGAGAAGAGGGUGAAGCUGGAGGAGCGGGCUCGGGACUUGGCAGAAGAAAAUCUCAAGAACGAAAUCACCAACUGCUUGAAGCUGCUGGAGUCUUUAACGCUGCUGUGUGAAGAGGACAACCAGGCCCAGGAAAUCAUCAAGAAGCUGGAGAAGAAUAUCACGUUUCUUAGCCAGUGCAGCACACGAGUGGCCAGUAGGGCUGAGAUGUUGGGAGCCAUUAAUCAGGAAAGCCGCGUUAGUAAAGCUGUUGAAGUGAUGAUUCAGCAUGUGGAAAACCUAAAGCGAAUGUACGCCAAAGAGCACACCGAAUUAGAAGAACUGAAGCAGGUUCUUCUUCAAAACGAAAGGUCCUUCGACCCUCUGGAAGACGAAGAAGGCUGCCAAAUUAAAAAGCGUUCAGCAUCUCUCAACUGCAAGCCAUCUUCCCUGCGAAGAGUCACCAUUGCCUCUCUACCCAGAAACAUUGGAAAUACAGGAACGGCGGCCGGCGUGGAGAACAAUGACCGUUUCAGCAGGAGAUCCAGUAGUUGGCGCAUUUUGGGGUCAAAACAGAGCGAACACCGCCCCUCACUACAUCGGUUUGUUAGCACCUAUUCCUGGGCAGACGCUGAAGAUGAAAAGGGUCCGCCAAAAACUAAAGACGAUGCUGAACCAUUACCUGGGGAAGAAACGGUGGAGAAGACAAGGAAAUCAAGUGUGUCUGAGAAGAAAAGUAACUCCCCCAAGUGGGAGGUCUCUUCCAUUUCUGACAUCGUAGCUUCCUGGGCAGCGUACCUCAAGACCUCCUUCCAGAAGGUACGCAAAACCCUCUGGCUCUCUGCCGCCUUCAUCGUGUUGUUCGCAGCUCUGAUGAGCUUCCUCCUGGGCCCGUUCUUCCCCAAGUCCGUGGACGCUGCUCCCACCCACAACGGGGACUCCUGGCACUCUCUGGAACACAUCCUGUGGCCAUUCACUGGACUGCGACACGAUGCGCCACCUCCAGUGUGAGUGCAGCGUGUCUACCUAUCUGUAUGACUAUUUUAAAGUUUCAGUAUCUGAACUGUGCUAAUCAGUAACUUUUACCUGGGACAAUA